GCUCGGAGUACUAGACGGCACCCCGACAAAAAAGGGCGAGCGACAUCUUCUACUGGUGUCUGCCCGACGGAAUUUUUUGACAAUCCGCUGCGCUGCCUGGUUUUCCGAGAUAAUUUCGGAGUAAUCGCGAGCACGCCGGCCGCGUGAAAUAGAUGGCGUGUGCGAGUGCCGCGGCUGCAGGAACGGCGGGUGGAACAAUUCGCUCCGAGGACCCCACGGACACUACCGCGCACAAGCAUGACAGAUCAGAGCAGGGACCCGGAGUCGACCGCGGGCAUCGCCGCGGAGCAAGCGGGCGCGCGACGAAAGUCCAGGCGGGGAAACCCAGGCGGGAAGCUCGCGACGCUUCUCCGACGGUGCGAGAGUAAUCGGCGUCAGGAGUACAAGAGGGAGGACCCGAUGAGCGACACCAGGUCGACGGAGGUGCACAGAUUCAGAGGCCCGUCGGGCAGCAGGCUGUCGUUCCUCGAUUUCGUGUGCAACGUCAAGAAACACCUGUUAUUGAAGAAUCUAUGCAAGUCCAAGAAGAAGAGCAAAGAGACAGAAACAACGAGUUCUUGCUCCGGUACGAAGCAGAACAACGUUAUAUCCGUUAUUGAGUCUCUUAAUUCUUGCCAAAAGCGAGAUGCUUCGAAUAGCGAGCAGGCCUCGUCGGACAGACGAUUUUUGUGUGAAACCAGACUAGGUGACGUGCUCGAAAAUUCCUGCCACAUCGAGGAGAGUGUAGCUAACAGCAUGCGAUAUGGUACAACUGGCCCAAAUCUUCGUACAGUUCCUACAAGACAGCAAAAUAAAUCGACAAGCGACAUUGGAACUGUCGGCGAAGCAACGCAACCCACCUAUUCUGAUGCAACAGUGGCAGUUUUUAAUGCAAUAACAGAUGCUCCUGGGGUGAACGAAACGUUAAAUAACGAACAUAAAGUCAAAGCGAGCCUCGCGAAGGAGCUGCUUAAUCUAAGCAAAUAUGGAUGGUACUGGGGUCCCAUAUCAGGAGACGAAGCUGAUGCCAAACUCAUAUCUGAGCCAGAUGGUGCAUUUCUGGUUCGGGAUUCGUCAGAUGACAGAUACGUCCUAACACUCAGCUUUAAGUCAUCUGGAAAGAUGCUGCAUGCGCGUAUGGAACACAGCGGCGGCCUAUUUUCUCUGUGCAAUCAAACCGAGAACGAAGGCUUCACUUCGGUGGCUGCGUUAAUAAAUCACUCCAUGAAUUUCAGCCAAUCCGCUGUAAUUUGUUAUUCGAGGCCAAAAUAUCCAGGAUAUCCGUCGUUUCCGGUCAGAUUAACGAAACCAGUGAGCAGAUUUACUCAAGUAAGGAGUCUGCAAUAUCUUUGUCGUUUUGUCAUUCGUCAGUAUAUUAGAUUAGAUAAUAUACACAAGUUGCCUUUGCCAAAAACUAUCAAAGGAUAUAUUCAAGAAGCGCAUUAUUAAAAUUUAACAGAUAUAAAGAAAUAAAGAAUGUUGAGAUUAUAAUAAUGAAAUUAUUUUUAUCAAGAUAUAUCUAUAUUAAUAAAAAGAGUGGUUUAGAUCGAGAAUAGACUUCUAUGAUGAAAUGGCAGCAAAAGUAUGUAUGUGUGUACGCACAUGUACACCCAUAUACAUAUAUAAAUUUGAAAAAUUUUUU